UCAGCCUCUCACUUUCUCGUGGAAAGUGACAUGUUCGCUGGUCGAAUGAUAGGCCACUCCUUUCUUCAUGGAGGACCAUGCCUACAGGGACUCAGCCCUGCUGUUAUUCAUGUCUUGCUUGGUGGAAGUCCUGACACUGCAACAGUGACACUGGAGGACUGUCCAGAUCUGGACAUUAGAGAAACCAUCAGGCUUCUUGAAGGGGGAUCCAUACUGUCCGAUAAGGAUAAACAAAGUGUCCAGGACUUGGCCUAUGCGUGGGACCUCCCUUCCCUAACUGACAACAACAGGAGGUGGCUGUUUGAAAAGCUAUUGAUACAUGCAGUACUAGGUCGUGUUACGAGGCAAAUUAAGCAGCUGAGACGAGGCAUUAAAGAAACCCCAAUGUGGACACUGGUGACCCAAAGACCUGACACAGUGGCCUUGCUUUUUCCUGAAGACACGGCAGGGAAUGUCAGCGCUGAGGUCCUUCUUCAGCGUAUCACAUGGCCUCGUGAGGGUGGCAGCGAUGAUGACGAUUGUUCAGUUGAAACAACAUGCCGCAUGCCAGGGUAUCUACGACAGUUCAUAGGUGAAGCAACACCAACUGAACUGACCAACCUGGUCAAAUUCUGGACCGGAUGGGAGGUUCUACCACCAAGUCUCUCUGUCGAAGUCGUCGAGAGCAGAUACCUCACAGCCUCCACCUGCUUUGAGACCUUGCGCAUCCCAGGGCAUUACAAGGACUACACAUCUUUUAAACAUGACAUCCUGGCAUGCAUUAGCACUUGCCAUACAGGAUUUGGUCUUGUCUGAGUGGCAUCUGGACCUGUAUUUACACUUGUCAGAUAAGAUUGUUAAAGUAAUAUGUUGAUGUUUUAUGCUUGUUAGCUGUCAAGUGUUCAGGUUCAUCUGACAGUAUGGAGUUGUUGUAUUUGUAGAACUGUAACUUCAACUGUAACCCACAUAUUUCAGACCAUGUACUGGGAGAUUCCUUGCUGUCGUUACUCUGGUUUGACACACCUGAUGUUGAAAAUAUUCAAGUUGUUAAAAGGUGGACUUAUACUUAUUUUAUUUUCAGUGUUACACAGUUGCAAUUUCUUCGCAUUGUUACAAAACAUCUCAAGCUCAGUUUUCACAGAAAAAUGUAAAGUAUUUAGUCUUGUCUGAGUGACAUCUCAACCUGUAUUUACACUUGUCAGUUAAGAUUGUUUAGGUAAAAUGUUGAUGUUUUUAUGCUUGUUAGCUGUCAAGUGUUGAGAUUCAUCUGACAGUAUGGAGUUGUUGUAUUUGUAGAACUGUAACCCACAGAUUUCAGACCAUGUGGGAGAUUCCUUGCCAUCCUUACUCUGG